AUGUUUUGCGCCAUUCCUAAAACUAAAGAUCAUACUCAAAGGCCGAGCGAGUUACGCCAAGCGGUUAAAUCACAGCUCUCACUUUAUCUGAAACGUGAAGAUAAAAAUAAAGCUCCCAUACAUUCUCAGGAGUCGACGGGCAACGUCGGCGUCGUCGGGCGCGUGCCGGCGACCGGAUGCGCCAGCGGCGACAUAAUGUGGCUUCUUGACGAGCCUAAUCAACCUUAUGAAGACUGUGAACAAUUGCUCUGCUUUCGCUAUUACAAUGGCGAAGGUGAGGAGUGCGCGGCGGAAUCUCCGGCUUUACCUACCAAGUUCAAGGUCGACCUCAAAAAACUCCCACAUCGACUAAAGGAAGGCAUGUCUAGGAAGAGAAGCGGAGACCACGUGUCGCCCUUCUCCUACAACAACGAAAGUUUUGAAAUGAAUUCAGAGAAUCCGCCCAGAAUAGAGUUCGUUCCCGGUACCAGUCAUGAUAUCAAACAUCUCAGCGAAAACGUGAAUAAAUGCUCAAUUAGUGCUUUAGAAAGUAACGGGAAGAAUCUCGAAAAAACAAAAUGUGAUCCUAGUAAAUCUCUAGUUAGUAGUUUAAGCCAAGAAUCUCAAACUGAAAAUAGUGAAUCUCGGAGUGCUACAGAUUGCAAACCGACUUCUUCUGGAGUAAAGAAGAAAUACCCUCCACCAGUAGAUACGGGUAGCAGUCAAGCACUCAACGGUGUCAAAAAGAAACAGAAAGCUGUAAAUAGUGGUUUCGAUUCGCCUACUUCACCGGGCACUGAGUAUUAUAAAAUAUGGUCACCAAAGAAUCCAUGCAAGAUAAUGAAAUUCGUAUACGACGUAGAGAGCGCGAAUGUGCCCAGUGAUGCAGAAAAAUCACCGGUGCCACCCCUGCCGCCUAGACAAUCACAUAAACCACUCGAGAGAAUGCACGCAUUGUCUCCACCCCAGGUACCCAGACACAGAAAACCAAAAAAAUUAACAAAACCCGAAGAUUCAUUCACCUUUGAAUUGAUAGACACCGAUGAAAAUUUUUUUACUGACAAUAACAUAACAAACUCGGCUGUUCUUCAAGGUGAAAUAAACGAUUUUAAGCCAGGAGAGUUUUACUCCGGAAAUCAAAUAGCCACAUCUUCAACAGCUGGCUUUUGGAAAGGUGGACAAAAUAUUGCACCAUUGGCAACGCCCGAAACUGACGGUAGUUUAUGUGAAUCUACGAUUUCGAAACUAUCUAGAUUAAACGAGGAAAAAAAAUCUAAAGAUGCAACUGAAAGCUCACCUAGCGCUAGUAGGAAUAAAAUAUUGUUUAUCAAAGAUAUUGGUCCUGAUAACUACAUUACUACGACGUUUGCAAGAAAAGAAAAACCCAAUCCUCCUAUAGACGUGGUUGAUGGCGUUUCUAGAACGCCAAAUCACGCAAAGUCCGAAGAGAAAGCCCAACAUACUUUCUUGAAUGAUAUAAGUAAUCAUUCUGAAUUUGAAAAUGAUAACAGAAAUCAAAUAGAAGAGAAGGAAAUCACAAUAUUAAAAGGACACAAGCCUCUGACUAGACAAAACUCUGGACGUGCAAAUACACCUACGAUGAUGACAGCGUUUUUAAAUUCUUCCCACAUUGAUCCACCCACAAGAGAGACGGAUAACAGCACUAGUUCAAAUGCACCAAGUUCUUGUAACUCCUCCUCGCAUUCAACAUCGCCCGUUGAUGAGUCCAACAAAAUUUUGCCAAGUGUAGGAACUUUAUUGAUGAAUCGCAAGUACUCGUGUGAGUCCUCUACGCCGAAACACUCAAGCCUACCUCGACAUUUACUCAAGAAUCUCGGCUGCGAGGGAACUCCAAAACAUUCUCCGAGUAAGACAAGCACUAGCACCUUGGAAAGUCCUGUAAGGCCUCAUCCACGAGUGCUAACACGAGUGGCAGCUUUAGCAGGAACAGCAGUGCCCCAAUGUCCCCCGACGCCUACUCAUCACGCUAGAAGGCCAAGACCCUUACCCCCACCGGAUUUACAACCCCCUCCUAUUCAAAAUUCAGAAGCUAGAUUACACGAAAACUUUGAAAUGGUGGAAUUCACAAAUGAAUUAAGAACUUCAGAAAUUAGGUCUCCAAAUAUGGAAUUUGCUAAUAGUAAUCACUUUACGAUAGUUCACGCGGGUCCUCCAGAAGAUGUCGUGUUACGGAGACCGAGACCAGAGGAUAACGAUGACAACGACAAUACUGUAGCAUCUCCUACACCUUUGAGGCAUAUGGCGGGUAUCAGACUACCUUCGAUACCAGAAAGGGCUUCAAGACAAAUGGCGUUAACGGGUGAUUUUCCUGCUAAUAUGAUUGGAGGGAUUAUUGAAUGUGAAGAACCUUUACCAGCGGGAUGGGAGGCCCGAAUGGACAGCCACGGACGGGUGUUCUACAUUGACCAUAUUAACAGGACGACGACGUGGCAGCGGCCAGGACUUAAUGGGACAACUCCUAGAUCCCCGGCGCCCGAAGUGCAGAGACGACAAUUAGAUCGAAGGUACCAGUCGAUCCGGCGCACGAUGACGCGCACGCAGCUGUCGGACGAGGAGGGCGGCGCAUGCGCGUCGCCCCCGCCGGCGCAUGCGCACUCGGCCUCCACGUCCUCGACGGCGCCGCCCCACGCGCCGCACCCCGCCGCUGACUUCCUCGCCAGGCCUGACUUCUAUUCCAUAUUGCACAUGAACCAGGAAGCGUCUGCACUUUACAACGGCAACUCUACUCUCAAGCAUAUGAUAUCCAAGAUCCGUCGGGAUACAUCUUCCUUCGAGCGCUAUCAGCACAACCGGGAUCUCGUCGCCCUGGUCAACAUGUUCAGCGAGACGGAUAGAGAUUUGCCGUUGGGAUGGGAUACCAAACUCGACCGGAACGGCAAGCAUUUCUUCGUGGACCACGUGAUGCGUCGCACGACGUUCAUCGACCCGCGGGUGCCGCGCGCGGCGGCGACGGGCCCGUUCUCGCCGCUCUUGGCGCAGCGCCGCCGCCCGCACGCGCACCACGCCCACCACGCGCACCACGAACACCACACGGCGCCGACUCCACCUCCCCGACCACCAAUCACUGCUAUGGAUGUACAGCCUCACAACGCGCAUCAAGAAAUACCUGUUGCUUACAAUGACAAGGUGGUAGCGUUCCUUCGACAGCCAAACAUAAUGUCGAUUCUGCGAGAACGUUGCGGUGGUUGCGGCGGCUCGCUCCGGGAGAAGGUGAACACGGUGCGUGUGGAGGGCGUAGCUGCUCUCAACCGCUACCAGAACGACGUACAGCUCACUUGCUUACUCAGCCUGUUCGAGCAGGAGAUAAUGAGCUAUGUACCGGCAAGUGGUUGCAGCGGUGUCGUGACGCCCACAGCGACGCCAGGUGCAUGUGCAUCCCCGGCCGCAUCACCAGCAGCCGCGCGGUCAACGCGUGCGCCCGCGCCGCAGCGAAGGGACUUCGAAGCCAAGCUCAGAGCCUUUUACCGCAAGCUGGAAAGUAAAGGCUAUGGACAAGGACCUGGAAAGUUAAAACUCCAUAUUCGCCGGGAACACCUACUAGAAGACGCUUUUCGGCGUAUCAUGUCUUGCGGGAAGAAGGAACUCCAAAAAGGCAAACUCUGCGUGCUCUGGGAUGGAGAAGAAGGGUUGGAUUACGGAGGACCAAGUCGCGAGUUCUUCUUUUUACUAUCGAGGGAGCUCUUCAACCCAUACUAUGGACUGUUCGAGUACUCAGCUAAUGAUACGUACACUGUCCACGUUUCGCCCAUGUCCGCUUUCGUGGAUAACCAUCACGAAUGGUUCCGUUUCUCGGGGCGCGUGCUGGGCCUGGCGCUGGUGCACGGCUACCUGCUGGAGGCGUGGUUCACUCGCGCGCUGUACCGCGCGCUGCUGCGCCUGGCGCCCGCGCUCGAGGACGUCGACGCCCUGGACGCGCAGUUCGCUGCCUCGCUAAGGUGGCUGCAGACUGCCCGUUGCGUGUCCUCUCUAGAGCUGACCUUCGCGGUAUCAGAGCGCUUAGCAGACGGGCGAGUGUUGGAGCGUGAACUGAAGCCAGGAGGCCGAGACGUGGCCGUCACGGAACGGAACAAGAAGGAAUACUUAGAGCGAGUUGUGCGGUGGAGGGUUGAGAGGGGCGUAGCUGAACAGACCGAGUGGCUCGUCAGAGGAUUUCAUGAGGUCGUAGAUCCACGUUUGGUGGCGGCGUUUGACGCCCGUGAGCUAGAACUAGUUAUCGCGGGGGCUCCUGAACUAGAUGUCGCAGACUGGAGGAACAACACCGAGUACAGGGGCGGGUACCACGACUCGCAUCCUGUCAUCAUCUGGUUCUGGCAAGCUAUUGACAGGUUUUCGAACGAGCAACGCUUACGGCUGGUGCAGUUCGUGACGGGCACGUCGUCCAUCCCGUACGAGGGGUUCGCGGCCCUGCGAGGCUCGACGGGCCCGCGGCGCUUCUGCGUGGAGCGCUGGGGCCGCGUGGAGUCGCUGCCGCGCGCGCACACGUGCUUCAACCGCCUCGACCUGCCGCCCUACCCCAGCGCCGCCCUGCUGCACGAGAAGCUGCUGCUCGCCGUCGAGGAGACCAACACCUUCGGCAUUGAGUGA